CAAUCAUAUAAAUCGUCAAACAACAACAGGUAAUGCCGACAGACAAACGAUAUACGACUUUCCAAUGGAUAAGAGGCUAGUACUUUCUAUGAAACCGUGUUUAGCUUGUCCAAGUUAAUAGCCAAGGCAACUGUGGAUAAGAGGCUACCACUUUCUAUGAAACCGUGUUUAGCUUGUCCAAAUUAAUAGCCAAGUCAACUGUGGUAUAUGUGUGUAUGUAUAUAUGCGUAUGUAUAUCUGUGUACCAUUGGUGCAGAUGAUGUAAACCAGAAACAAGCCAGCGUCUUAAGAAACUGGAAAGAAUGUAUGUGACAAGGCCUCUGUCCAUGUUCAAAAGGUUCCCUCAAGCUCUGUCAGAAACUCCCCCAGAGGGUCCAAACUCUGGUAUUCUAGUAAUCCUAGAUGAAGAAGCUCAGCCUACCGGUUCCUCUUGUUUUGGAUUGUGCAAGAGUGGACUACUCCCAAACCUUCCUUUUCCGCAAAACAAAAACCUCAAAAUCCAAUAUACUGUUGGCCAGUCUACUGAAGUUAACCCUGUUAUCUUAAUUCCUGCUCUUGAUCAACCAUUGUCUUCUAAUAGGUACUAUGCAAUACAACCAAAGGGAAGCCACAUAGGGGAAGCAUUCACAAACUCAAGAGAGGAGGACAAGAGUACCUGCUGUUUCUGCAAUUGUAUUAAGGACUUAAAACCACAACCCUUCGACCAUCACAACAUGUAUCAGCAAUUCGAGAUUCGACGUCGAGACUGGGGCUGUUAUACGGCAAAAUCUGUAGCUCCUGAUGGUUUUCCUCCAUCAUUCUUGAGGAGAAAGGGUUGGACAGUGUAUGCCUCCACUCCAAAAGACUUUGAUUUAGCUGAAGCCAGAGGCCUUGACACAACUCUCCGCGCUCGCCUCCCCGACUUCAACAACUUCCCUUUAACGCAUAAAACUUCGCCAUCAGUAGUUGUAGGGAAGUGGUACUGUCCAUUUCUGUUUAUCAAAGAAGGAACACUCAAGGACCAGAUUAGCAGAUCAAGGUACUACGAGAUGACACUUGAACAGAGAUGGGAGCAGAUUUUCGCGUGCGAAAGUAGUCCGAAACAAGGCAAUCAAGUGUUUGUUGAUGUUAAUGUGCAGAAAGAAGUGGUUCAGUUUGGUGAUGGGAGGGAGGUUGUGCAAGACAAUAGCAUCGAUGGAGAGAUGUGGUUCCGCAGCCAGGCAGGGGAUGCAAUUGCAAGCGUGGGGUUGAGUUUGGCAAUUGUUGACAGAAUGAAAUGGGAGGAAGAGAGAUUUGGUUGGAGCAGCAAUGGGAAUGAAAGGGAAGUGAGAGUGAAGAGAGUUGAGGAGUUUAAAGGUAUGGGAGAGUGGACCAAGUUUGGGUGCUAUGUGUUGGUGGAGAGGUUUGUGUUGAAGAGAAUGGAUAGGAGUUUGGUUCUCACAUAUGAGUUUAGGUAUACUCAACAGAUUAGAGCCAAAUGGGAAUGAAAAUUCCUGCAGCAAUUCUUACCUGAUAUUAUAAGAAGAGCUCAUGGAGUAUGCUAAUUAUGUGUUUUUAAGCUAGUCCUAUAGCUACGGGGUGGUGUUCUAUUUAUUUGUAAAGUAUUAUUCUAUUGUUUCUCAUAAUUAGUUUCUCAUCUUUAUUUACAUAAAAUGCUACGCGUUAUUGUGCAAAUAACAUAUUUGUUUUGCUUUA